CCAGCUGGUAACUGCCGAUUGGCUGGCGCGCGGGGCGGGGCGAACGCCCGCGGGCCCGGCUGUGGGAGGGAGGAAGGCCUUGGCGGGGGUCGGUGGGAAGUGGGGGCUCCGGGUAGCCGGGGCGGUCCUGAGCUCGGCCAGCGGAGGAGGAGUGGAGCUCAGGGCGCCGGCGCGGGAGGCGAAGGGGUGAAGUCAGGGCUGAGUGGGCGGAAGUGCGCUGGGUCUGACGUGAGGCCUUGAAGCGGGCGGGAGGGGAGUUUGAGCCGCCCCGCUCCCUCCCUCCCGGGCGUUGAGGCGCUCACACACUCGGGCACAAUACGACACGUAUUCCAAGUGCCAGGCUGUUGAUUUGUCCAAUUAUAGGGCGUAGAACACUACAUCCUGCUGCUGCCCUCCCUCGUAUCCUGCUUUGUCAGGUCCACGUGAGCCAUGGCCCAGGAACGAGGACACGUACCGCUGCCUAGAGCUAAUGCUAUUCGCUCGCGGCUUAUCGACACCUUCUCCCUCAUAGAGCAUUUGCAAGGCUUGAGCCAAGCCGUACCAAGGCACACUCUCCGGGAGAUACUUGAUCCUUCUCUCCAGAAGAAACUCAUGUCAGGAGACCAGCACCAGCUAGUGCGCUUCUCCAUAAAGCCCCGGCAUAUGGGCCACAUCACACACUCCCAGCGAAUGCUGAGCAGGCUCCGUGUGCGGUGCAGCCAGAGGCCACCUCUUUCCCUGUGGGCUGGAUGGGUUACUGAGAAUCCUAUCUUCUCGAAAUUCAUCAUCUCCCUCAUCUUUCUCAAUACAAUUGUACUGAUGGUCGAAAUAGAAUUGAUGGAAUCCACAAACACUAAACUGUGGCCGUUGAGACUGACUCUGGAGGUGGCAGAUUGGUUUAUCUUGUUUAGUUUCAUUUUCGAGAUCCUUCUAAUGUGGAUGUCUGGCUUUACUCUCUUCUGGAAUAAUGCCUGGAAUGUCUUUGACUUUGUUGUUACCAUGCUGUCUCUGCUUCCUGAGUUUGUGGUGUUGAUGGGAGUCUCGGGGCAGUCCGUGUGGCUCCAGCUGCUGAGGAUCUCCCGGGUGCUGAGGUCUCUCAAACUGUUUGCACGAUUCCGUCAAAUUAAAGUUAUUAUAUUGGCUCUGGCCAGGGCCCUGAAGAGCAUGACGUUCCUCUUGAUGCUGCUGCUUAUCUUCUUCUACAUUUUUGCUGUAACCGGUGUCUACUUCUUCCAAGAUUAUUCCCGUUCAACUACUGAGAACCUGGAAUACAACAUGUUCUUCUCGGACCUACUCAAUUCCCUGGUGACAGUGUUCAUCCUCUUCACCUUGGAUCAUUGGUAUGCAGUACUUCAGGAUGUCUGGAAGGUGCCAGAAGCUAGCCGUGUUUUUAGCAGCAUCUAUGUGAUCCUUUGGUUGUUGCUUGGCUCCAUUAUCUUUCGAAAUAUCAUAGUAGCCAUGAUGGUUACUAACUUUCAGAAUAUCAGAAAUGAGCUGAGUGAGGAGAUGACCCACCUGGAGGUUCAGUAUAAAGCUGACAUAUUCAAGCGACAGAUUAUUCAGAGGAGACAAAACCUGUCCCGUGGAUCAGUAAGAGGAACAAGUCAAGGAAAGCCCUCUGAAGACUUACUAGGACAUUCUAAAGAGUUUGUAGCCAGUGAUCCUGGAAAAAAUGAUGCCAACAAAAGCAAAGACGUCAACAAAAGUGAAGACGCCGAAAAAAGUGAUGACACCGAAACCAGUGAUGACUCCGAAAACAGUGAUGACGCCGAAAACAGUGAUGACGUCGACGAAAGUGACAAAGUUGGAAAAGUACAAAAAGAACCAUCAAAAGAACCACCAAAAGCCAAAGUCUACUCAUCUUCCUCUUCUGACGCUGCAUCCUCCUACAGUUCUUCGUUAGCUGAUUUGGAUCAUGUUGAUAACUUGGACUGGGAGACUCUUGUGCAUGAGAACCUGCCUGGGUUAAUGGAUAUGGAUCAGGAUGACCGUGUUGUUUGGCCCAGAGAUUCACUUUUUCGAUAUUUUGAGUUACUAGAAAAGCUUCAGUAUAACAUAGAGGAGCGCAAGAAGUUACAAGAAUUUGCAGUCCAAGCCCUGAUGAGUUUUGAAGACAAGUAAAGGGACAAUGGAUGGCGGCACAUCUCUCGACCCAGUGAAGGGAAUAGUUGAAAAAAGAGAAUUCAAAAUAUAAAUAUCUAAUAAAAACCACUAGUGAAUAUUUCUGAGAUCCGCCUGCCUCCCAAAUGCUGAGAUUAAUGGCGUGCGCCACCACCGCACUUUCUUUUCAGUGCUGGGAUACAACCUGGGCUUCAUCCAUGGUGGGUCCGUGCUUUAGCAGUCACAUCUCUAGCUUCCUCUCUCUUCACUGACCUUAAUGGACUCGACUUCAAUUCCAGAAUCAGCCAACAGUCCAGACCAAAUGGUCCAGAAUGCUCCCACAUACUAUUGGCUUCGGUCACAUAUUGUUCAUACCCGUAUCUGGACCAAAGACAGUACAUUUCUUUAUCUCCCUCAUCAUAGAUCAGGGACGUUUUCAUUUCAGUUUAUGUUCCACAGUUUGUAGGACCUCAGAAUUGAUCUAAUUUCCAUCAAAACAGAGACACCUUAUUGUGUGCGUGUAUAUGGUUCCAGAGAUCAACCCCAUAUCCUCAUAUAGCCUACCACUGUUCUAUAAACCCCAGCAGGAAGCCCUUUAUAACUGAAAGAGCGACUAUCAAGCUGAUGGUUGGUGAUGUACUACUGAAGGUAUUCCAUUCCAUUGUGGAAGGACUCAAGUCUUUUCGGUUUGUUGUUUUUUGGAGAUAGGGUCUCUGGUUCUACCCCACGCUGACCUCAAUUUACAAUGCAGUACAGGCUGGCCUUGAACUCCUGCUUCAACUUCCUGAGUUAUAGGGUUACAUGCCCAGCAUAGGAUUUAUUGCUUUGGAAAUGCUUGUUAUUAAAAAUUCUAUCAACCUUGGCAGAGGAGAUGGAUCUGUGG